CUCGACGUCUCAGUCUCCGCCCAACUUCGCGGUUAAAUCGAUUGAUUCUCGUGUUCAUCACAAACUAUUCAAAAUGAAGCACCUCGCGGCCUACCUUCUCCUGUCCCUCGCUGGCAACGCCAGCCCCUCCGCUGAGGACAUCAAGUCCGUCCUCUCCUCCGUCGGUAUCGAUGCCGACCAGGAGCGCCUCGAGAAGCUCAUUGCUGAGCUCCAGGGCAAGGACAUCCAGGAGCUGAUCGCUGAGGGUUCCACCAAGCUCGCUUCCGUCCCCUCCGCCGGUGCCGGUGCCGCUGCUGCCCCCGCUGCCGGUGGUGCUGCCGCCGCCGAGGCUCCCGCUGAGGAGAAGGAGGAGGAGAAGGAGGAGUCCGAUGACGACAUGGGAUUCGGUCUGUUCGACUAAGCGUAUCGUCUCCGCUGAACAUCGAGAAAAACGUAACAGUUCGUGGGGGGAGAAUCUGGCGGUUACUUUCAGUCUUGGGAGGAAAAUUGCCCAAUAUUGGUCCAGGCAGAUCGGUGUACUUCCGGCUGGUCUGAUGCAGUUACGAGUUAUGCAUACGUGAGCUGGAAAGAGCUUAUAGCCAAUGCAGAUUCUCUGACCUCGAGUGAAUUGUUUUGAAGUGAUGCGUAGUUGUAGUAGCCUGGACGUUGAAUGCCUGGUUUUCCGCGUAAUUUGGUCCAUCUACAUGUACAUACUGUACUCCGUACUACAGAGGUGAAACGGCGAUAGACCCAUAAUUUACCACAGUAGUUGCAAUCAC